AUGACACCCGAUUACUCCAAUCGGAGGUCACUAGAAACCAUGGUCAAUUGUCUUCCAGGGGCCAGACUGUGUUCCCCUCCUUUUUCCCCAUCCUCGUUAUCCUUUGUAGUUAACAAGGAGAGCCCAGAGAUUCCCAGUGGGCAAGAAUGCCAGCAGCAUCAAGUAGAUCUUGACCCUAUAUUUAUGCUCCUGCAGAACAACAUCAUCACUUUUGUGAGGAACGAACUGGAGAGGAUCCAGAAGGCUCUAAGCUCAUGUGACUCAGAAUACUUGGAAUGUCAAGGGGGUUGUACGGAAGUGUUGGAAGGUGAGGAUGAAGUGCAGAGCAAGAGCACCAGAGAGGCAUUUAUGAAGAUCACACUACACUUCUUAAGAAGAAUGAAGCAGGAGAAGCUGGCAGACCAUCUACAGAGCAGAACUUCCAUUAGGGGCUUGCAUUGGAGUCAGCAUGAACUUAAGUCCAACCUGAAGAAGAAGUUCCAGUGUGUGUUUGAGGGCAUCGCUAAAGCAGGAAACCCAACCCUUCUGAAUCAGAUCUACACAGAGCUCUACAUCACAGAGGGAGAGACUGCAGAGGUCAGUGAUAAACAUGAGAUCAGACAGAUUGAAACAGCAUCCAGGAAACCAGACAGACCAGAAACAACAAUCAGACAAGAAGACAUCUUUAAAGCCUCACCUGGAAGAGAUGAACCAAUCAGAACAAUGCUGACAAAGGGAGUGGCUGGCAUUGGGAAAACAGUCUUAACACAGAAAUACACCCUGGACUGGGCUGAAGACAAAGGCAACCAGGACAUCCGGUUCAUAUUUCCAUUCACUUUCAGAGAGCUGAAUGUGCUGAAAGAGGAAAAGUUCAGCUUGGUGGAACUUGUUCAUCACUUCUUUACUGAAACCAAAGAAGCAGGAAUCUGCAGCUUUGAAGACUUCCAGGUUGUGUUCAUCUUUGAUGGUCUGGAUGAGUGUCGACUUCCUCUGGACUUCCACAAAACUGCAAUCCUAACUGACCCUAGAAAGUCCACCUCAGUGGAUGUGCUGCUGAUAAAUCUCAUCAGGGGGAGAAUGCUUCCCUCUGCUCACCUCUGGAUAACCACACGACCUGCAGCAGCCAAUCAGAUCCCUCCUUACUGUGUUGACAUGGUGACAGAGGUCAGAGGGUUCACUGACCCACAGAAGGAGAAGUACUUCAGGAAGAGAUUCAGAGAUGAGGAGCAGGCCAGCAGGAUCAUCUCCCACAUCAAGACAUCACGAAGCCUCCACAUCAUGUGCCACAUCCCAGUCUUCUGCUGGAUCAUUGCUACAGUUCUGGAGGAUGUGCUGGAAACCAGAGAGGGAGGACAGCUGCCCAAGACCCUGACUGAGAUGUACAUCCACUUCCUGGUGGUUCAGGCCAAAGUGAAGAAGGUCAAGUAUGAUGGAGGAGCUGAGACAGAUCCACACUGGAGUCCAGAGAGCAGGAAGAUGAUCGAGUCUCUGGGAAAACUGGCUUUUGAUCAGCUGCAGAAAGGAAACCUGAUCUUCUAUGAAUCAGACCUGACAGAGUGUGGCAUCGAUAUCAGAGCAGCCUCAGUGUACUCAGGAGUGUUCACACAGAUCUUUAAAGAGGAGAGAGGACUGUACCAGGACAAGGUGUUCUGCUUCAUCCAUCUGAGUGUUCAGGAGUUUCUGGCUGCUCUUCAUGUCCAUCUGACCUUCAUCAACUCUGGACUCAAUCUGCUGGAUGAACAACAAACAACCUCCCAGAAGCCUGAGACCAAAGAAUUUGCAGAGAAAUACUUCUACCAGAGUGCUGUGAACAAGGCCUUACAGAGUCCAAAUGGACACCUGGACUUGUUCCUCCGCUUCCUACUAGGUGUUUCACUGCAGACCAAUCAGACUCUCCUACGAGGUCUUCUGACACAGACCGGAAGUAGCUCACAGACCAAUCAGGAAACAGUACUGUACAUCAAGGAGAAGCUCAGUGAGAAUCUGUCUGCAGAGAAAAGCAUCAAUCUGCUCCACUGUCUGAAUGAACUGAAUGAUCGUUCUCUAGUGGAGGAGAUCCAACAGUUCCUGAGUUCAGGAAGUCUCUCCACAGAUAAACUUUCUCCUGCUCAGUGCUCAGCUCUGGUCUUCAUCUUACUGUCAUCAGAAAAACAUCUGGAUGUGUUUGACCUGAAGAAAUAUUCUGCCUCAGAGGAGGCUCUUCUGAGGCUGCUGCCAGUGGUCAAAGCCUCCAACGAAGCUCUAUUGUCUGGCUGUAACCUUUCAGAGAGAAGCUGUGAAGCGCUGUCCUCAGUUUUCAGCUCACUGAGAAAGCUCGACCUAAGUAACAACAACCUGCGUGAUUCAGGAGUUAACCUUCUGUCUUUUGGACUAAAGAGUCCAAACUGUACACUGGAAUCUCUCAGACUAAGUGGUUGUAGUCUCUCACAAAGAAGCUGCGAAGCUCUGUGCUCAGUUCUCAACUCACAUUCCUCUAGUUUGACAGAGCUGGACCUGAGUUACAACAAUGUGCAGGAUUCAGGAGUGAAUAAGCUUUUUGUUGGAGUAGAGAGUCCACAUUCUAAACUGGAAACUCUCAGACUGAAUGUCUGUAACCUCUCGGAGAGAAGCUGUAAGACUCUUUCCUCAGUUCUGAACUCACAUUCCUCUAGUCUGAGAGAGCUUGACCUGAGUGACAACAAUCUGCAGGAUUCCGGCGUGAAGAAGCUUUCUGUUGGAAUCAACAGUUCACAUUGUAUACUAGAAAUUCUUAGACUGAGUGGCUGUAACCUCUCAGAAAGUAGCUGUGAAGCUCUUUGCUCGGUUCUCAACUCCCAAUCAUCUAGUCUGAGAGAGUUUCACCUAAACAACAAUGACCUGCAGGAUUCAGGCAUGAAGAAACUGUCUGUUGGUUUGGAGAGUCCAAAUUGUAAACUGGAAAUUCUCAGACUGUCAGGCUGUCUGAUCACAGAUGAAGGCUGUACUUAUCUGGCCUCUGCCCUGAGUGCCAACCCCUCCCACCUGAGAGUGCUGGACCUGAGUUACAAUCAUCCAGGCGACUCCGGAAUGAAGGUGCUGUUGGCUGGACUGAAGGAUCCACACUGGAGACUGGACACUCUCAGGGUGGAGCCUGCUGGAGUCCGAUGGUUGAGACCAGGUCUGAGGAAGUAUUCCUGUCAACUCACAAUCGACACAAACACAGUACACACAAACCUCAAACUGUCUGACAACAACAGGAUGGUGACAGAUGUGAAGGAGGUUCAGUCAUAUCCUGAUCAUCCAGACAGAUUUGAUUAUUUCUAUCAGCUGCUGUGUAGAAAUGGUCUGACUGGUCGCUGUUACUGGGAGGUUGAAUGGAGAGGAAAAGUUUAUAUAUCUGUGAGCUACAGAAGAAUCAGAAGAAAAGGAGACUGUAAUGACUGCUGGUUUGGAGGAAAUGAUCAGUCCUGGAGUCUGUACUGCUCUGAUGAUGGUCCUUGUCGUGUCUGGCACAGUAACAAAGUAACAUCUAUCUCGUUCUCCUCCUCCUGUGUCUCUAACAGAGCAGCAGUGUAUGUGGACUGUCCUGCUGGCACUCUGUCCUUCUACAGAGUCUCCUCUGACACUCUGAUCCACCUCCACACCUUCAACACCACAUUCACUGAAACUCUUUAUCCUGGAUUUAGAGUCUGGCCUCCUGGUUCCUCAGUGUCCCUGUGCUGA